AUGAACAAAACAUCCAAUAUCUAUCAAUACUACAAGCUCCAUUUCCUUUGCUACUCUCUUGCACCUUUGGUCGUUAGUUCAUCAUUCUUAGCCUUUACUCCUUCCAUCUCCACCAACGCUGAUAUCAUCUCCGCCCUCUCCAAGACCCUCAUCCACUUCCCAACUCUCACCGCCAACCUCUCCACAGACUCCUUUGGCCGUCCUAGUCUCACUAUCGGAGGCCCUAAUGGAGGUGCGCUAAUCGUUGAAGCUACUGUCUCAUCCAAACUAGAAGAUCACAUGCCUCUCACUCCCUCAACGGGCUUCAGACUGCUUCAUCCUGGAAUCAAAGAGGAAAAGUACUUGCUCCAACUUCAGCUCAACCGGUUCCAGUGCGGCGGGCUGGUCAUAGGCGUCACCUCCCAUCACCGUGUUGCUGACGGCCAGUCGAUGGGCUCUUUCUUUGUAGCGUGGGGGAAGAUGGUAUAUGGUAUCCCCAUUGAUUCACUUCCAGUCUAUAAUCAGUCGUGGUUCAAGCCUCGGGAACCUCCUCUGGUGCAGUUUGAUCAUUGGGAGACUCAUUUCAUACCUCUCUUUCCUCAACCUAAUGAGUUUAUAUUCACUCCCGUUAACGCUGAUCUUAGUGAGAUCACCAACAUGUUGUUGCACUUCUCUCCAGAGUUCAUCAUGAAGCUCAAAGCUCAUACCAAUAAAUUGAGCACUGACAAACACACCACAUUUGAAACACUAUCAGGGUAUUUAUGGAGGAAGCUGACCAUAGCCGACUUAGAUGAUGAGGAGAGUUCGAUGGUAAGAGUGUCAAUGAAUGGCAGCCGUCGCUUACAGCCUUCAGUGCAACCAGAGUUUUUCGGUAACUUGGUUCUGGCUGCAUAUCCGAAAGCAAAAGCAAAAGCAUUGAUCAAAGGUGGGGUGGCGAAAGCGGCGGGGUUUUUUCGCAAAGCGGUGAGAGCCUUGGCAGAUGAUUAUUUCCAAUCGUUUAUUGACUUUGGAGAGUCUGUCAUUUGGAAGAAUGCAAGGGUGGAAACAAUUGGGUCAAAGAGUAAUGAAGUGGAGGGUGAUGUGGCAAAAUCUCCUACAGCUGGGAAAAGGACUACUAGAUUUAAGGAUCUCAUAGCUAAAAUUGACAGUAUGCAAGUUGCUAUGGAGCAACGGGAGGAGAGGUUAAUGGCUGCCAUGGAGCAUAGGGAUGAAAGAGUUAAGAUGCUUAAAAUGUCACUCCAAAGCAUUUCUAAAUUCAUUGAAGCUCAGUUGGUUUCCACUACUGUCAGCUCGAUUGCAACAUCACAACCUUCACAAUCCUUGAAAGGUGACUCAAGCAACGCAGUGGCCAUUCCUGAAGCUAAAAGCUUUACCAACAGAUUAGUGAAACUGGACUUUCCUCGAUUUGAUGGCGAAGACGUCCUCUAUUGGGUAUAUAAAGCCGAGCAGUUUUUCAAAUAUUAUCGCAUUGCUGAUGAUGAGAGGUUGGAACUUGCCUCCCUACAUUUUGCUGGACCAGUGGUUCCUUGGUACCAAAUGGUCGAGAAGGAAAGGAAGGUGAAAACUUGGACAGCACUUGUAGAAGCCCUGGAGGAGGCUUAUGGGCCAUCUAUAUUUGAGAGUCCUGAAUUUGCUUUGUUCAGUUUGACACAGGAAGACUCCGUUGCUAGCUAUUAUGCCAAUUUUCUUGCAUUGGCUAAUAGAGUGGAAGGUAUAUCUUCUCGAGUGAUGAUAUCUUGUUUUCUCAGUGGCCUAAAGAAAGAAAUCCAAAGAGAUGUCACUCCAUUGGAACCUCAGACCCUUUCUAAAGCAGCAAGUUUGGCAAAGCUAUAUGAGGGAAAGUAUCCUAUAAUGUCCACAGUGCAUGUCAAGAAGCCUCAUUUUAAUCCUGAUAUCAGUCCCAGUGCUAUUGCAGAAAAAAUGGUGACGAAUCUACCAAAAUUAUUACCAGCUCCUAACAGUACUUCACAACAACCAGGAGUUAAUGGCAAUAGUAAUUCUCAACCUUUUAAGAGAAUUAACUUCAAUGAGAUGCAGCUGCGGAAAACCAAGGGCUUAUGUUUUAAUUGUGAUGAGAAAUAUUCUCCAACUCAUCGAUGUAAGAAUAAAAGGUUGUUACUAUUGCAAUGGGCUGAUGAACCGCCAGAUACUCAAGAUCAGGAGGUUGCUGAAUUUGUUAUGGAUAUGGAGAACAGUACAUCAAUUGAGGAAGUUAGCCCAAAAUCUUCCCUCAAUGCCAUGAACAGUGUUGUUGCAUCAGGGACAAUGAGGUUCACAGGGUCUAUUAAAGGACAACCUGUUAAAAUAUUGCUGGAUGGAGGCAGUGAUGACAAUUUUAUACAACCUAGAAUUGCAAAAUUCUUACAACUUGAAAUACAGUCCACAGCUCCAUUUAAGGUGUUCGUUGGGGAUGGUAAUUCCUUACAGGUUGAGGGGAAGGUGGAUCCACUACAGAUUAAAAUCCAGGGCUGCAAUUUAAAAAUUCCUGCAUAUUUGCUUCCAAUCGCGGGCACAGAGGUUAUCAUGGGAGCCUCCUGGUUGGAUACACUGGGCGCCCACAUCAUGGAUUACAGCUCAUUAUCAUUGCAAUUUUAUUGUGAUGGUAAAUUGGUGACAUUCAAGGGGGAAAAAGAAUAUGCUCCUCAGCAGACUACAAGGCAUCAACUACACAGACUGCAUUCUGUAAAGUCUAUAGUGGAAUGCUAUCAGAUGACCGUUGAACCAUCGGAAUUCAGUUCACAAGAGAUUAUGAGUCUUCCCAAGGCAGCAGACAUGAAAGCAGAUCACACAGAGACAAUAUUGAAGCUUCCUGAGGAAAUGCCUGAUUCUUUACAACAGAUUUUAUUCAUGUAUCAACGAAUGUUGAAAGAGGGCCUAAUCGAGCUGAGCAACAGUCCCUUCUCUUCACCGGUCAUCUUAGUUAAAAAAAAAGAUGGGACAUGGAGAUUUUGCACUGACUACCGGGCCUUAAAUGCAAUUACAGUGAAGGAUUCCUAUCCCAUACCAGCUGUUGAUGAAUUUCUAGACGAGCUACAUGGCGCCAAAAUUUUUUCACGGCUUGAUUUGAGGUCAGAAUACCAUCAGGUUUUGAUACAUCGUGAAGACAAAUACAAGACAGCCUUCCGAACACAUCAUGGGCAUUUCCAAUGGCUUGUCAUGCCAUUUGGGUUAACUAAUGCCCCGGCCACAUUUCAGUCCUUGAUGAAUGGAAUUUUCCAAUUUGCCAUGCGCAAGUUUGUGUUAAUAUUCUUUGAUGAUAUUUUGGUCUAUAGUAUGGAUUGGGACAGUCACUUGGAACAUCUAGAGAUUGUGUUGAUUACCCUCUGUAAACACCAAUUAUUUGCAAAGUACUCCAAGUGUGAGUUUGGGUUACGGCAAAUAGAAUAUCUGGGACAUACGGUUUCUGCAGAAGGAGUCCAAAUGGAGCAAACUAAAGUUGAGGCAAUUCUUCAGUGGCCACCACCCAGCAAUAUCAAGCAGUUGAGAGGGUUUUUGGAUUUGAGUGGGUACUACAGAAGAUUUAUAUCGAACUAUGCCAGUAUUGCACAUCCGCUCACUGACCUUCUAAAAAAAGAUGCAUUUCAAUGGUCUCCCUUAGCCCACGAAGCAUUUCAACAGCUGAAACAAAAAAUUACCGCAGCUCCUGUAUUAAAGCUACCAGAUUUUUCUAAGAUGUUUAUGUUAGAGACUGAUGCCUCCGGCAUUGGCAUUGGGGCAGUUUUGAGCCAAGAACAACAUCCCAUUGCUUUUUUCUAUAAGAAGUUAACUACAGCAAUGCAGAAACAAUCCGCAUAUGUGAGGGAACUCUUUGCGGUCACUGAGGCUGUAGGAAAAUUCAGGCACUAUUUGGUGGGUCACAGAUUCAUCAUCAGGACAGAUCAAGCGGCCUUAAAACACCUAUGUCAGCAGACUAUUCAAACUCCUGAACAGCAAAGAUGGCUUCCAAAGCUAUUGGGAUAUGAUUUUUCCAUUGAAUAUAAACCAGGCCGAGAAAACAUACCAGCAGAUGCUUUAUCUAGAUGUUGUUUGAUGGCAUUGUCCACUAGAAGCUGUUUUGUGACAUCUCAGCUUCACCAACUACAACAGCAAGAUGCUUUUUGUAUCCAAAUUGUGACUACAAUACAACAAGGCACAAAUUGUGAUGUUAAAUAUUCAAUGCGGCAGCAGUUAUUAUGCUAUAAUGACAGAAUUGUGGUUCCCAAUAAUUCUGAGAUUAGAGAACAAUUAUUGCAAGAGUAUCAUGCAACUAAGGUGGGUGGUCAUGCAGGCUCCCUCAGAACUUAUGCAAGAUUGUCUGCUCAAUUUUUUUGGCAAGGGUUGCGUCGGGAUGUGGCUGCAUUUGUUAAAAAAUGCAUGAUUUGUCAGCAAGCAAAGAGUGAUCAUACGCAUCCAGGAGGGUUGUUGCAACCUCUUCCAAUUCCACAGAAAAUAUGGGAGGAAAUUGCUAUGGAUUUUAUAAUGGGACUUCCUGCUUCAAGGGGCUUCACAGUUAUAUUGGUGAUUGUUGACAGGUUAUCCAAGUUUGGGCAUUUUAUUCCACUCAAGAAUGAUUUUUCCAGUACAACAGUGGCUACGGCAUUCAUAGCUAAUAUAUUCAAGUUACAUGGAGUUCCAAAAUCUAUUGUGACAGAUAGAGACCGAAUAUUCAUCAGCAGGUUUUGGAAAUCUCUAUUUCACGCCAUGGGAACCACUUUAUCAAUGUCAACUGCAUAUCACCCUCAAUCUGAUGGGCAGACGGAGGCAUUAAACAAAUGCCUUGAAAUGUAUCUCAGGUGCUUUGUUUCAGAAAAUCCAAAGACUUGGUUGGAUUUACUUCCAUGGGCACAAUAUUGGUACAACACAUCCUUUCAUUGCAGUGCGGGUAUGACUCCAUUUCAGAUCAUAUUUGGCCGUGAACCUCCAUCUUUGAUCACAUACUACUCCAAUGACCAUGAUCCUCCAGAUAUCGCAACUCUUCUUCACCAAAGAGAUCAGGUCCUACAGCACUUAAAGCAAAAUUUAUUCAAAGCUCAACAGCAUAUGAAGAAAAUGGCUGACAAGAGACGUAAAGCCGUGGUCAAACGCAUUGGUACUGUGGCUUAUCAAUUAGCACUACCUGAGGCAGCUCGCAUUCAUUCAGUGUUUCAUGUUUCCUUAUUAAAGAAAUACGAAGGGGAUACUGGUUCACAAGCAAAUAUCAUUCCUCUUCCUUUGCUUACUACUGAAGCAGGUCCAACAUUACAACCUAUAUCCAUUCUUCAACAACGACAAAUUAUCCGAAACAAUCAACUAGUGGAGCAAGUCUUAAUUCAAUGGGAAGGUUCAAUAGUACAUGAAAACUCCUGGGAAGAUGUUGAUCAUAUUAGAACAUACUAUCCACGUUUCAACCUUGAGGACAAGGUUAAAAAGAAAAGGGGGAGUAAUGUAAUGAAUGGGGAAUCACUGGCAGGAGAGUCUGUCAUUUGGAAGAAUGCAAGGGUGGAAACAAUUGGGUCAAAGAGUAAUGAAGUGGAGGGUGAUGUGGCAAAAUCUCCUACAGCUGGGAAAAGGAGUAAAAGAGAGAGGAGGAGCAAUCACUAUCCUGGUAACUUGUUGUUGAGAAUUCAUUACACAAGCUGGUUAGAGAUUGGGUUUGAUGAGGUUGAUUUUGGUGGAGGUGGAAAGCUUUGUGCUUUUUUGCCUUCAUGGACGCCUUCAGAAGCGUUAGUAAUUUUUGUCCCUUCUUUUUCUCACGUUGGUGGUGUGGAUGUCUUUGCUCCUUUACUUGAAAAGCAUGCAGAAAGACUGAGGGAGAUAUCCCACUUUUUGGAUUAA